GAAGCUAAACAAGCCCUAAUCGAUUUGAAAAGCGUAGUAAAAGAACCCGGUUGGAAAAAGAUAAUGUCACAUAAAUAUACUACAGUUUAUAGUAAAUUAGGAUCUUUAAGACAUCAAAAACUUCCGGUAUUUAUGGGUCAAUGCGAAAUUCGGGGCUUUAGUCCGAUACCAAUUUUUACUAUGAUCGGAAAGAGAAGGCUUUGGGAUGACUGGGUAAUUGAAAGUUUGGACGAUACAACAAGCUUAACAUAUAUGGUUAUGCAAGGAAUUUCUGGGUCAAGGGCACGAGAUGUAUCUUUGGUGGAAAAAGUUGAAUGGACUCCGAAUGGAACGAUCUAUUUUGUAUUUACAUCGGUCAAUACAAUAAAAAUACCACCUGUUGCUGGUAGAAUUCGUUCAGCUCUCAGUCUUAGCGGCUGGAUCAUUGAACCUAUUUCUAGCAAUCCACCUAGUACAAAAGUGACGUAUAUUCUUCAACUUCAUGUUAGAGGAUGGAUUCCUUCGGUAGUUGCGAAAAAGUAUUUGGCAAGACGUCCUCUUAUAAUUAAUAAAAUCUAUAGUUAUUUGCAAAAGCAUGGUGCACCUGAAAUGUCCCUUCCUCCUACGCCAACAGAUCCCAAACAUAUGUCAUUUCUUCUAGAUAACAAUGAACUAUCAAAUGAUAAAAAAUUGAAGGCACUGGUAGUUGUAGAUAACGAACAAGAUGAACCAAAAAGUAAUAAUGAAGAAGAAAAUUCUAAACUCAUACCUAAAGAUCUUGAUCAGCCACCUGUUUUACCCUCACCAUCCAAACUUACUCCUUCGAUACACCAACCAACUUCAUC